CGCGCGUUCUCGUUAAGUCAAGAAUCAAGAAUCAAGAUUUAGAAACAUUGAGAGAGGAGACAAGCAAUUGGAAUCAAAUAAGCAAACGAAGAUGAUAAAGGGAGUGAUCUUGAUGAACGAUAAGGGAAAGCCCCGUCUUGCUAAAUUCUACGAUUAUCAUCCCGCAGAAAAGCAGCAAGAGCUGAUUCGAAGAUUAUAUGGAGUUUUAUCCAGUAGAGAAGAGAAUGUAAGCAACUUCGUCAAGGUUGACUCCCUCUUUGGACCGGAUGCUCGACUUGUGUACAAGACUUAUGCCACACUACAUAUUUUAUUCAUAUUUGACAGCUCGGAGAAUGAACUUGCAAUGCUUGAUCUCAUGCAAGUUUUUGUGGAGACAAUGGACAAGUGUUUCAGCAAUGUACGUGAACUUGAUAUAGUAUUCAAUUUCAAUAAGGUGCAUGCUAUAUUAGAUGAGAUCAUUUUGGGAGGUCAAGUUCUUGAGACAAGUUCCUCAGAAGUGGUGAAGGCUGUUGAAGAAAUCUAUAAGAUGGAAAGAGCUGCAAAUUCAAUCAUGGCAGUUCCAUCAAUAACUAGCUGGCAAGGUCGAUAGCACAUGUUGACUUUGGUAAGUUCUGUAGGACAAUUCAGAUAAUCUAUCAGGGAGUAAUGAUUAAAUAGUGCUACCAAAUUUGGUUUCAAGUGGUGCUGGCAAUGAUCAAUGAACUGGGCACUGUAUUUGUCAACCAAGUUGUUGAACUAUUACUUUUUGGUGCUUGAAAUUUCUGCACAAGAGUUUUCGGAUAGCUACAGUGCUUGCAAGUGAACUAUUCGACUUUUGUCUACAGAGUUGUGACGUUCCAAGUUUUAUCCCAUUUGGAAAAGUUACUUGAAGUGAAUAUAUGAAAGUUUAUAAGUGCUUCUUCAAUAUGAUAUUUCCUUUCAACUAGUUGUAUCUAUUACAUUGUGUUUGACUUCAAGCUUUCGGCAUAUCAAAAGCUGCAUAUAUACAUAAAAAUGAGACUCUAGGGACAUGUGCACUUGUCAAAUCAUUAUUGCAUAGAUGAUUUUGAGUUGAUUAAAAUCAAUUUGGACGUCCCUUUUUUACUUUUACUUUUUGCUUAUUUGAGGAAAGGGAAAUUUAUCUCAAGACCUUGUAAAUGUUAUAGUGCCAUAAGGCUAUUUCUGCUGCUUACGGUUUGAUUUAUGGCAUUUGACCUUUAUUUCAUCAUGGUGAGACAUUCGAACACUA